AUGGGAGAUAUACCAGAACCUGGCAAGUGGCCGGUUGACCCGCAGCAAGACGUGGAGAUCCGGAAAGAUCGCCUGUGGGUCGAUGGCUGCUUCGAUUUCGCCCACCACGGACAUGCUGGAGCCUUGCUGCAGGGUCGCCAGCAAGGCAAGGAGCUCUGGUGCGGCAUUCACUCCGAUGAAGCCAUUCUGGAGAACAAAGGGCCCACUGUCAUGACCCUGGCUGAGCGUGUUGCCGCUGUCGAAGCUUGCCGUUGGGUGACCAAGUCUGUCCCACACGCGCCAUAUGUAACCUCGUUGCCGUGGAUUUCCCAUUAUGGUUGUUGGUUCGUGGUUCACGGCGACGACAUCACUUCUGAUGCCGGCGGUGAAGACUGCUAUCGCUUUGUGAAAGCUGCCGACCGGUUUCUGGUAGUCAAGCGCACGCCAGGCAUCUCGACUACAGACCUAGUCGGCCGUAUGCUGCUAUGCACCAAGACUCACUUCAUCAAGUCCUUAACAGACUCGAUAGAGGGCAAGGCUGAGCCUACGUUGGGCGAGGCUGACGGUCAGGCUAUGCUGCAGAGGAUACGCAACUACGCCACUGAUGAAACGGGCCUCAAUCCAGGGCUUGAGGUAUGGACAUGGAAGAGCUCCAUCGAAGCCAAACUAGAUCCGGACGCUACCGACGCUGGAACCUUCGCAAAGCUGGUGGAUGGCAUUGGACCGAAGCCCGGGCAGCGAGUGGUUUAUGUGGACGGCGGUUUUGACCUCUUCUCUUCGGGUCAUAUUGAGUUCCUCAAGCGAGUCAGCGAGGCCGAGGAUGACGGAGCAUAUGUCAUUGCUGGCAUCCAUGAUGACCAUGUCAUCAACCAUUGGAAGGGUCUCAAUUACCCGAUUAUGAACAUCUUCGAGCGGGGCCUCUGCGUUUUGCAGUGCAGAUUCGUUCAUGCGGUAAUCUUCGGUGCGCCCUUCGCCCCAGUGCAGGCCUACAUUGAGUCGGUACCGACUGGCAGGGUCGAUGCUGUCUACCAUGGUCCCACGUCAUUCAUGCCUCUGACGUACGACCCGUACUCGGAUGCCAAAGCGUUGGGUCUCUACAGGGAAGCUGAGAAUCACGACUUUGCCCACGUCAACGCUGGCGAGAUUGUGCUGCGGAUUAUGAAAGGUAGAGAGGCUUUCGAAGAGCGACAGAAACGCAAAGGCGAAAAAGCAGUCGUCGAAGAUGCGGCGCGCAAACAGGAAUUACUAGCUGCGCACCGAGCGGCGGCAGAAGGGAAAUCCGCCGAAGCGCUAUAG